GCUGCCAGAUGUGUGCCUCAGCAUGUGGCGUGAGCCGGUUCAGCCUGCCAGAAAGGAGUGUUGUCUGCCAUAAGUCCUGGGCUUGCAGGACUUGCUGAGAGCUUUUAGGAGCCUUCAGACAGCAUCUGGGCUGUCAGCAGGGAAGAUUUGUGCCUCUUCUUCGUGUUGUCCUUGUUCAGGACUUUUUGUAGAUGAGUGUUCUUGAGCAUGAUGCUGGCUUCCAUCCAAGGUGGUCGAGUGAAUAAUUACAGGGAAUGGUGGGUCUGGGUGGCUCCAGCAGUGCAGGUCGGUGCAGGAAAGGGAUGCAGCACUGUCCUGCGUCACCUGAGCUGCUGUCCCAGGCGCUUUCCUGAUGUGUACCCUUGGGAUUCACCUCUCUUCUCCCUGGCAGGCUGACUUCUUUUCCAAACCUGCAGGAGGUCUUCUGUGUUCAGCCCUAACUGGUGAGCAGCAGGUCCCAAAGAGGAAGAACUUGAGUUGGAAGGAAAUCGUAGAGUCAUUAAGGCUGGAAAAGACCUCUCAGAUCCCCAAGCCCAACCCCACCCCACCGUGCCCACUGCCCACGUCCCUCAGUGCCACAUCCCCACGGCUCUGGGACACCUCCAUGGAUGGUGACUCCCCGACCUCCGUGAGCGGCUUUGCCACUGCCUCACCAGUCUUCCUGAGAAGAGAUCUUUCCUGAUGUCCAACUUGAAUUGCAGCAUGGCAGGAGCUCCCAGUAGCUGGAGCUCUCUUCCUGACCGCAAAGGCAUCCAGAAAGGGCUGAGGAGCUUCUGCUUGCUCCAGAUGCCUCCUGGCAGGCUCCUCGCAUGCUGCAGCAGCUGCUUGCACGAGGAGAGGUAGAUGGGUCCCUGGAGCAGGGCUGUAACAUCAACCAGCUCCCAGCUGUGGUGUGGUGAAAGCUGCCGUGGCCGGACGUGACCUUAACCUGGGCUUUAUUUAGAGCCUUGAUUUAUGGAGCAGUUAUUUUUAAAGCCUGGUUCUCUUUUGGGAGGUGUGGCGGCAGCGUGCAGGAGUUCAUGGGCCUCCUGUGCUAUUUACAAAGAAACAUUUGAGUCCCAAGACUUGUUUUUUUUGCUCAGGGAGAUGCUCGCUGGCUUGGUUGGAAAGCAAUCCUGUUUGCGUUUGUGCCGAGCGGCUGGAAAGAAGCAUGUGUUCAGGCCUUUCCCAUUAGCAGGAUGUGGCAAUGCUGCUGGAGACCGGCCGGCCUGAGAUCUGCAGUGCACAGAGGGGGCUGCUUUCUCUAGGAGGGCCCUGUGCGGGGCUUUGCCAGCUCUCAGGCUGCUGUGCAAGCAGGUGUGGGCAGGAGUGCAUCCUUUCCCUGGAUCCUUGCUGGGUUUGGCUUGCUUUCCUUCUCCCGGGACAGUGAUCCCUUAUCCUGGCUUGGAAAAGUUUCUCCUUGUGCCUCCUGGCGGGGGUUGCAUACCCUGCGUGGCACAGGGGAGGUGGCUUGUGGAUAGCAUGGGCUGUGGGCUUCUGAUUGGCAUCUGGAGUGCAGGAUGCUGUCCCCUUCUCUUGGCGUUCUGCUUGAGUUCCCUGUGCCUCCAAACCACGGCUCCUUCAGGGCUGCUGCCCUUGCCUUCUCUCCCCUGAGAAGUUAACAGGACAAAUAAGCAGCUCCAUCCCAUCUCCAGGACUGUGAAUUGAUUUCCCAAGUCUAUGCUCAGAGUCCAGCCUGCUCCAAGCUCUGCCACGUUGCACCCUCUGUGUUCGGAGGAGGCUCUGCCAUCAGGUGGAUCCCAAUGGGAUGUGUGCAUUUGCAACCACGUUUGGGGCUUUUCAAGUCAAGUUAGCAGAGAACCUAGUGAAAUGAUUCAAAGGUGGGGCUUGAAAGCAGCUCUCUGUCCUUCAAGCCUGAACAGGUAUCGUGGCUUUAUGGUACUGUGAACCAGAGAGAGGGAAAGCGUCUGUUAGCUUUUACAAUGGCUACAGGCUAUGGUUAUCCUGUAUUUUACUAAAGGAAGAAUAAUACAUGGCUUGGUUUAUUUUAACCAUAUAAAGGCUUUUUGAUUCGGUGCCAGUGUUAAUAAUUAUCUUGCAAAGGCUUUGCUCAGGCAGCAGGAAUGGUGUGAGAACCUGAGAGCAAUGCACCGGCUCAUGUGCAAAUAUUUUUACUUCUUUGUUUUAUUUGCAACAGUAAACCGAAUUCACUGGGGAGGGGGGGAUUAAUAUCUGCAAGAAUUGUGCUAGAGGUAUGGGGGCAGAGGGCAGAACAGAACCCCACAGCUGCCAUGGGCUGAGCUUUUGAAUCAGGGGCUGUAGAGGAUCAGGUGGAAAUCAUUUCCAGAUGCUGCCAGCUGUAAUACCAGUGGGAACCCACGGCUGGGCUCUUUAGUGCUAGGGGGAAGAGCAGCAGGUGAAGGCCUCCUGCUCCCCUGGGGGCACAGGACAGCCCUGCAGCUGGUGGCACAGCCUUACCAGAGCUGUGCUUGCCUUCAGCUGGCUGCCUUUGGAUUCUGAUGCUUCUCAAAAGCACAGUUCUGUAUGUUCUGUCAGGUCCAGCUGGAAGAGGCUUUGCAUUCUAGUUAACAGAAUCAAAGCUGGGGGUUGAUACUGCUUUUGUGUUCUGGGUGGAUAGAAGCUAAACCUCCCAUUUAGGUUUAGACCUAAACACUGAGUCUAGCAUCCAGCACUUGCCAGUGUGCACAAAUUACUCCUGCUUUUUGAGUCCUUGGGUUAAGAAUAUGAAAAAUAGCUCCUAAACCUCUGUUUAUCUGGUUACGCUGACCUCGAGGGCUAUGGCAGGAGGCAGCUGGUUGCAAACACGUUAGGUGCUUACCUGCUGCUGUUCAGCCUUGCUUGUUGCUGACAUCAGGAGAAACAGCAUCAGAAAAGCUGAAGCAGUGCCACGGGCAGAUCGUGGCUCGCUGUCACCCACACUGGUGCAGGGAGGGAUUGUGCAGGCACUGCCUGGAUGUGCCCAUCUCUCCUGUGCAAUCCUGUGUGCUUUCCUACAGGAAGGCUUGCGCCACUGAGCAAUACGUUGUGCCUCCAUGCUUUCAAAAAUGAGGAAUGGAAGGAUGGGAGGGUUUGUGUGAGGAGCGUUAUGGCUGCAGGUCACUUUAGGCUUGCUCUGUGGCUGAGGCAUUUCCUCAAGCUGAUGUCUGGAGCAAAGGACCCUUUCCUUCGAUGGAAGAAGUGAACGUUUCCUUCCUCCCCAUCCCUCCUCCUGCUGGUCCCAGCUGGCAACAUGAGCUUUGUUUAACUUUCUCUCCAGAUCGUGCUGUGGAACUGAGGUGUGUUUUCAGGCAUGUCCAUGCAGCUGUUCCUGUUCUGCGGGAGGCUGGAGGCUUCUGGGCCAGAGGCUCAAAUGCUUUCGCCGUCUCUAGUGAAAGGAGGUGGAUUGAUAUCAGAGGAGGAUCUGGCCAGACACCUGAGUAAACUUUCAUUUGGUUCCGUAGCAAAGCUCACUCCCACUGGCUCUGGGUUAGCCAGAGGGGUCCCCUGUAAAACAGAAAGGCAGGGAAGGCUCUCGAUGCUCUCUGCAGAUGCCUGCAGAUUGCUUUAUUUUGUUCUAUUUUUUUGGCAAGCUCUCAUGACUUGCACCCAUGCAGCAGAUCAGAAUUUGGCCUCCAGCGCUGGAAUGGGUUCUGACAACGCGGGCAGGCUGUGGCUGGCUCCGAGCAGCAGCAGCAGCAGCAGGGGAAGUUGCAAGCCAUCGCCUGAGCAGGAAACGGGCACUGAGGCGCGUGCUCGAGCACCAGGGGCGGUCCUGUUCGUGCAGGCUGUGGUCCUGUGCGAGGCAUCCCUCACUGCAGAAAACUCCUGGCUCCCAAAAAGAGCCUGCCGUGAGAAUGAUGAAGAAUCGCACCAGCGAGCGGCUUCCCCCGCUACCAACCAGCUCCAGCAGCACUCUGGGUUGCAGCGCGCUGAGGACCGCGGGCACAAGCGUUCCCCCACAUCUCCCCUUGGCCUGCAAAGGCUCACAGCAGCGGUGCCCGGGCGGCAGGGCUGUGCUCCAUCCACCCCAUGACACUCUCGCUCACUCGCACGCACUCACGUGCUGCGGUAAUGGUUUAAUAGCAGCCCCACCCAGCUCAGCAAGACGGACUUGCUGCGUAAGCAAAAGCUGGGGAACCUCGCCGCUGUGCGCAGCGCUCCGUGAGAGCUUCGCUCGCCUUUUGGGAGAGGACUCGGAGUCGCUGGACGGCUGCAUUCAGAGCACGUUAUCAGCUCUCUACCCCCCGUUCGAGGCUACGGCCGCCACCGUGCUGUGCCAAGUUUUUGAUGUGGUGGAGAAGACGUACCGUGGGGAUGGACUGCGCUACCUCAUAGACUUCCUGAUUCCAGCCAAGCACAUCCUGCAGUGCAUUCAGCAGGAUGCCUGUGUUCAGUACUGUGGCUUGCUGUUUCGCCACGAGGGCUGGCCCCUGUGCAUUCACGAGAAGAUCGUAGUCCAGCUGGCUUCCAUUGACUGGCGAAUCUUGAAGCCUGGUGACUUCUACCUGCAGGUGGUUCCCUAUCUGAAGAAGUCUCCACGGAUUGUAUUGAAGUGUUUAGCAAAAGACAAGCAUAAUGUAGAAGAAGUUGUGAUUCCAGAAGUUUCCUAUACCUCUAUUUUUACUCUGGAAUGGUUGAGUACUAUCAAUGGAGAGCGGAUGGGUAUAGCACUGGAAAAUUGUUUACUAACCACUGAUGAUAAAAUAUUUCGUGUUCCCUGGGAUAACGUGGUUAAUCCGGAAUUUAUAAAUAAACCAAAAAUAACUGAAAAUAAUAUUAUCACACAAGAGACAACAGGGAAACCUUCACUUUUGUGUCUCCCCAUGGACCAUGCUGAGCGCAGCUUGCCAGACGUAGAAUCUCAGUACCGACAGGAACAAAGUCCAAAUUGCAACAACCUGGUUGUUAGCAGCCCAGCUCCGCAGUUAGGUGAAACUCUUGUCAAUGGUGUGUGUUCCAGUCCUGUUCCUAAAGAGGAUUUGCCAAGUGACCUUGAAGGGGAGUACGUUGAGCUUGCCGAAGUUUCGCUGCCCCGGUUUGGACCACAGACAGGCUCGUUAACCCAGUCACUAGCUUUAAAUUAUCUGACUCAGCCUAGAACAAGAGUGAAUGCAUCUAAAGGCAAGCACAGAUUUAUUGUCAUUCAAGAUAGCACCUACUCCAAGAACUUAGUUCACUCAGCACUUAUGCAAAAGGAGCACUGUCAGAUGGACACACUGAGCACUUCUCCAGAAGUUCUCAAAAAUGUAAUUCCUUUGGAAAGCAACAAAACGACUGCAUGUGAGGAGCUGUCUCCAGAAGGUCAGCUGCUGUCAGGUGGUCCUGGGAGCAUGGGAAACAGUUUUCCUGCAGCUGCAGCUCCUUCCUGCAGUGCAGAAGAUUCCUGUGCUGCAGAGCAGGAGGCCUGGAGUGAGUGCUCUGUUGAUUGGCAGUAUGCGCCGUGCAGCAACGGUGACGUGUGUGCUGGAGAUGGUGUCAGCUGCAAAGCACAAAUGACUGGUUCUACUGGAAACAUGGAAUUAGAAAGCGAUGGUUCUAGCAUAAAUCCCGGUGUUGAAAUACUGGAGCAGAGCCCAGGAGCGAAUCUAGAUGCUGCUGCUGAAGAGGAGGUUAUGGAAGAACACAGAGAACCACUGGCAGAGCAUCAACAUGAGGUGACGCAGGUGGAUCCCUCUCUUGGGUCUGUCCUGGGGCCUUUGGGACCGUGCUGCACGCUGAAGGAAGGUCCCCAUGCUUCUUGCCAGAGUGCUGGUGAAAGUACUAUACCAGUCCACGCCACUGCAUUGCCUGCCACGCCUGAGAGUUUGGCUGUGGGUGUGGAGAGAAGCUCUCCUUCGGGGAACGUGACAGAUGCAGCAGCAGUCCGAGCUUGUGCUGAUCAGGAAACAAAUUAUAGUUGUCCAGUAAAUCCUCCAGAGCAGUUGAACGGAGGAGAAGUAGGUGAAAUAGAGCUGGGGAGAAGAGAGAGCCCUGAGGAUGAAGAGAUUGAACAAGUGCAGGCUGUGAAGGAGCAUCGGAGUAGCUGUAGUUGCUGUUCUACCAACGCUCCUGCGGAUGGAGUGCUUUCAGAUGGUGAAGAACAAGAGGUCCCUGCUUGUCAGCAUAAGAGAGCUGAAGAUGCCAUGCUGCCCCAAACUGCACUGCCAGCAGAGAGUGGGCAGGUGGCAGAACAGUCAGGUACCAGCGGAUCCUUGCUGGGUCUUGACGCUCAAGCAGAAGACUCGAGUCAGUUUGGAAGCCACAGAUCUGGAGAGAGGUGUGGGGAUCCACGAGGAUGGACAGAAAACCAAGGCAAUGGAAGUGAAAUGAACUCUGUGCUGAGCCCAGAGUGUGUUUCAGCACAGGACUCGCAGGGAGGGGAGGAGAACCAAGACAGUUUUUCUGAUGUGGACAGGACAAAGGCUGUAGCCUUAAAAACACUGGAAUCCAUACAAGAGGAGCUGGAGGUUGGACCACUGUCCUCAGGACCUGCUGAGGGGAACAUAGAGCCCACUGCUCUGCAUUCCCACCCAGAGGCAGUUCCAGAAGCAUCAUCUCCUAAAGGCAUGGUAUCGGACGGGGCAGAGGUGGUAAAAGAAGUAUCUGGUGCAGAUGUAUUGAAGCCAGCAGGUAAAGCCUGUGCCCUGGAGGAAACCUCAACAGCUGUUAGUCCCCCCAGAUCCCCAGCUCCUGGGGCUGCUUGGGGCGGCCGGUCUGCACCUUCCAUAGUCAAGGAUGUGAACCCUGAAGUGCUCAGGAGUGGAGUUGCCUGCCUGCCUGGUACCAGAGAUAAAUCGGGACGUGCAGUGGCAAUAAUAACAACAAGGAACACAGCCUGGUUAAACCCUCACUGCAACACCACUGAGCUGGUUCGCCUCCUCCUGUACCUGCACAGCAUCCCAAGACCCGAGUGUCAGGCUUUGGGUCUGACUGUUCUCGUGGAUGCUCGUCGCUGUUCGCCGGUUCCUGCUCUCUUCAAGGCAUUCAGCAUUUUGCAGGACAUGGAUCCUCAUUGUAUUCAUGGAGUACUGCUUCUGGUUGAAAGAGAUCUGACUUUCCGGAUGGAGAAGCCAACAGCAGGACAGUUUGAAAUUCUCACCUCCAUGAAAUCCCUCCAUAAGCACAUAGACAGCUCACAGCUGCCUCUGGAACUGGACGGGACCUUCCCAUACUGCCACCGGGACUGGUUAAGUUUCCGCAUGAAACUGGAACACUUGCUACAGGGAUGCCAAGGGGCUUGUGCCUUCCUCCAGGGAGCCAUUCAUAGAGUGGAAUCUGGAAAAUUACCAGAAAGAGCUGAGGAGGCUGCUGUGCUGCUGAGGAACUACAGGCAGCUGAUGAAGAAUGUUCUUGAGGAUGCACGGCUGGUCAGGCUUCAGCUGGAGGGUGGAGCACUGCUGGCCAGGCUGAGGAAGGAGGAGUCUUGUGUCACCCUCACCCAGGACUACAGGGACGCGCUUGAUGCUGCUGGUGUGCUUUAUAAUCAAGUCGAUGAGGGCGUUCACCGGCUGGUGAUGGCGUCAAAUAAACGCAUCCAGGAGCUGGAGCUGGUGAUGGAGUUUGAGAAAGUGGAAGAAUGUUUUAAGGAGGUCAGCAGUUGGAUUGAGAAUGUUGGCAGAAGAAAGCUAAAGGAGAUGAUCAACCUGGACGAUUCUUUGGAGAUGCUGCUUCAAGCACAGAAGCAGUUCAGGGAGUUUGAUCUUGUUGCCAGUGAAUAUUGCAGAAGGGGACAGGAAGCACUUAAGAAGAUGGAUCGUUGGGAAGACUUUUCCUCUGUGGAUGUACAUUCUUACAGAGUGAAGCUGCAGACCUACAGAGAUCAACUGGAAGAAUUCUGCACUCAACUGGAUGAAAGCAGACAUCGAGUCUGUGAGACAGUCAGGCUGUAUGAAUUCUUUGACAAGGCGUACGAGUGGGCCUUGGAAGGGAUGCGACACCUCGCCUGCAUCAGCAUGGAGGAGUGCAGCUCCGCCGAGCACUGCGCCGGGGUCAUCAAGUGCCUGGAGAGCUACAAGGAACAGCACCCAGACAUCAGCGAUGCCCGCUUCCAGGAGAUGAAGGAGCUGGCCUGCGAACUGAAAAGCGACAAGGGACUCAAGCAGUGGAAAUUCGCGUGGUCCAAAUGCCAAGAGACCAAGCUGGUUUUUGAAAAGAAGCUGGAAGCAGCCUUGAGAACCAGGAGGGCACUGCUGUCGGAGCAGCCACAGGUGGGCAGCGAGGCUGGCAGCGUGUCCCACCGCAGGCACUCUGAGGGGGCUGCCCCCGGCCCACAGUGGGACAGAACUCCUGGCACAUCCCACAGCCGGCCCAGUCGCUCCACGGGGUGGACUAAAGAGAAAGCUCCCUCGCCCUCCCUGAGCUGCCCUGGUGAUUUCGGUGCUGGGGAAGAAUUUGCCUGCCAACCUGCACUCGGGGCCGGGCCUCACGUUGGCAGAGUUGCUUUUGGAAGCGGGGCCUGCAAGUCACCAAAACUGCCCGAGGAGAAGUCAAACCUGGAGAGCAUCUUAGAAACGUUGGAGAUGAAGCCAUCCUGUGCCUCCACACCUGCCUCUGGGAAGCUGCCUCCCAAGAGGAUGCUCCGUAAGGCCCAAAGCUUUGACCUGCCCUGCGGUGAGAGCCUGUGGUCGGGCUGCCAGAGAACACUGAGCGAGCCAGCCAGGUAUGGCAACACUGGUGUCUUCAUCAAGGGACUGGAGGUGAGCAGCACGGAGCUGGUGGACAGGACAUUUGCACUGCGGCAGCUGGAGGGACAGCGUGGCUGUGGCUCUGCAGAGGCCAGGAGCUGGGGCAGCAAGCUGCGGCACAUCAUCGAUGAGAUGGUGACCACGGAGCGGGAGUACGUCAGGUCGCUCUGCUACAUCAUUGAAAGCUACUUCCCUGAGAUGGAGCGCCUGGAUCUGCCCCAGGACCUGCGGGGGAAGCGCAGCGUCAUUUUUGGGAACCUAGAGAAACUCUAUGACUUCCACAGUCAGUACUUCCUGCGAGAGCUCGAGAGCUGCUGCAACCACCCGCUGCGCGUCAGCCACUGCUUCCUGCGGCACAAAGACCAGUUUGGGAUGUACGCCUUAUACAGCAAGAACAAGCCAAAGUCAGACUCACUGCUGGCCAGCCAUGGGAACACCUUCUUCAAGUUCAAGCAGGUGCAGCUGGGGGAUAAGAUGGACCUGGCUUCCUACCUGCUGAAACCCAUCCAGCGCAUGAGCAAAUACGCCCUGCUCCUGAAGGACCUGAUCAAGGAGUGCAGUGAGGCCCAGGAGCAGGAGCUGGGCUACCUCCGGGCAGCAGAGGAGAUGGUGAAGUUCCAGCUACGGCAUGGGAAUGACCUGCUGGCUAUGGAUGCCAUCCGUGACUGUGACGUGAACCUGAAGGAGCAGGGGCAGCUGGUACGGCAGGACGAGUUUGCCAUCUGGCUGGGCCGCAGGAAGUGCCAGCGCCACGUCUUCCUCUUUGAGGACCUGAUCCUGUUCAGCAAGCCCAAGAGGAUCGAGGGUGGCUUUGAUGUGUAUAUCUACAAGCGCUCCUUCAAGACUGCAGACAUCGGUCUGACGGAAAACUCUGGGGACAGUGGUCUGCGUUUUGAGAUCUGGUUCCGAAGGCGGAAGUCCAGCGACACUUACAUCCUCCAGGCCAGCUCAGCUGAGACCAAGCAGGCCUGGACCAGUGACAUUGCCAAGAUCCUGUGGCAGCAGGCAGCCCGCAAUAAAGGUGUGAUUCCUUCCCAGGGCGUCUGUGCCGCAAAAGAAAUCCGCAUGCAGGAGAUGGUCUCCAUGGGUGUGGGCAACAAGCCAUUCCUGGAUAUCAAACCCAGUGAGGCUGCUAUCAAUGACCGUGCUAUUGACUACAUCAUGAAAGGCAGAGCUGCCAGGACCAGAGCAUCAAUUGCGGUGUCUCUCUUUGACCAUUCCAACCCCUACAAGAGGACGCAGGCGCAGCUCUCUGCUGGCAGCACCCCUGCUGCAUAUGGCCCAUCCUCCUCCUCGCUGCUGGGGCCCCUCAACCUGCACAUGUACCUGGACCAGGCACUGCUGCCCGGUGUUCUGGCCCCCCGGCGCCCCUUUGAUGUCAGCCCCUGCAUUGAGGAAGAUGAGCUGGAGCAUGAGACGAGCAGCCAGCCAUCACUGACCACAGAGAGCUCCGAGUCAUCACACUGCAUGUCAGGCAGCGGCUCCAGCGGCUCCGACAGUGGCUGUGUCUCCAGCAUCCCACAAGAAAGCUUCUGUGAGGACAUGGGUUCACCUCCCUUCAUGCCCCUGGGCUCACAACACAGCUCUGCGAUGGAGGGCAAACCCCGGUUCACGAACAGCCAGUACAUUUCUGCAGUAAGUGCAAGCAGCCAAAGCACUCUCUUCGCUCUGCCCGUUCCCACCACUGCCUCCCCAGUUCAAGGCGCUGCCUCUCACGUGGGGACUGAAGAUGCUGCUUUUGGGCUGGGAAUUGCUGUGGGGAAGUGACACUUCCUCCUGCAGAGACUCGCCUUUUCUGGGGCAGGCGAGAGCCCCUGUUUUGCGAGAGCCUCACCUUCAGUGACCGAGAUCCCUGAGGAGAUGCACUGGAAAGGAUCUGCAGUGCUGGAGGCUGCGUCAGGAGGGGACACGGCACAUCCUGGGGUUGAAUGGAUGGAGCUGUGCCGCAGAUGCUGCUGAGCUCCUUCCCUGGGAGGUGUGGGCCUUCUGUGGGGAGCGAUGAGAUGUGGAGCGGUGGGGAAGACUGGCAGCCUUUGCUCUGUGAUGUAACUGCUUCUCCUCUUAGUUCCUGAGGGUUCUCAGCCACCUCUCUUCCCACUAGCUUGUGUCCUGAUGCUGUUGUCCUCUAACCCCAUACUAAUGCUGGCUUCUCUCCUCUGCAGAAAGCAGGCCAGGCCACCAUAAGUCCCUCGACAAUAGUGUGAUCCCCUCUGCACACGUAUACGGCCUAAGGAAGUGGAGUUGUUGUAAGUAGCCCCUAAAGGGGAUUUUCCAGCUGCUCCGAGUGCUGGUCACGUUUGUCAGGAGCUCUGAGACAGGAGAGCCUCACCCUCUACUUCCCCUGAGAAGCUUUCCACGUACAUUCCUGACCAGUCUUUGAGGCUCUCAUUGAUCUGGUUAGAGUUGACCAACUCCCACAGCCAGACCCAUCACCUUAAAUAACAGGUGUGAUGCCUCUCUGGUUUGAAGGAGCAGAAACAAAACCAGCAGAACCACGUUCAGGUAGCAGAGGUUGAGUGCCACCUCAUUCAUGCGUCAGUGCUCAAAUGAGUUUCUUUGCUCUCAGUGCUGCCCAGCUGUCUAACCACUAACCUGUUUCUUUGCCAAAAUCCUGCUCUUCCUUUUGUCCCACUGAGCUGCCUUGAGGGGGAAUCCAUGGUGUUCUCCCCCAGCUGGAUUUAUCCCAGUUUCCUUUGAACCUCCAAGGAAGGCAGCACCAGUCACAGGAGCCUGCUAGGUCAUGGGCAGAAAGUCCUCAGGGAACCACCAGAUGUUGUUCCCCAGGAUCAGGGCUUGAACAGGCAAGGCACAGGGUGACGGAUGGUGGAGCCCAUGCCUUGUGGUCUGCGUGUUGGGGUGUUGUACUGACCUAAACAGUGCCAGUCGCUGAGGUUAAGGCUGGGGCUCCCAACCCCUUCUGGGGCAGGUGGCAGACAGGACCUUCUGAAGCAGUCACCACUGCAGUGACGGCAGCACGUGGCCUUGGGUGAGUCGUGAGGCACAGGGGCAGCUCACAGCCUGGGGAACACAGACAGCCUCCCGCAGAGCCUCCUCCAGCAAAACAUUCUUUCUGCACCAAAACGCAGCUCUGAUAAACCGUGGCUUUAAAGUAUUUUGCAAACUCACAGCUGGCCAGGCUGGGGAGCUGCAGGCUGCAGAUCCUGCUACCUCGUAGGAGUGCAGCCAGUCUAACCCAUUGCACGGUGCUGUGUUCCAGGUUUGAUUGCCAUUUCAAACUCACUGAAGACCCCAGGCCUCUGACCAGCAGAAGGAGACAGUCUUCAUCUGUGAAGAUGUUUUUACACUUAAGCAGGCUCUGUCAGACAGGACAAAAGUUGCCCUCUGGCGGGGGGAAGCCUGGGAAGGUUUCUGUCAGCUACGCUUAUAGCUCUGGUGUUGGAUGGGACCUCGGGCAUUUGAAAUGUGUUAAGCCCUAUAUUUAUAAGUAAUAAGUAACAUAGCUGUUUGAAAAAAAUGUAUUAUUUUUAAAGCUAUGUGCUGUACAGAUUUUUGUUACAAGUGACCCUGUUACUAUUUGUUCUGUAAGCUGCACAUUUUAUAAAGUUUUUGGAAGGGCAAGAAGAGAAACCAAGGUAUUUAAGAAAAGUAGAGUAACUUUCCGUUUCAGGGUUAUAUUGACCUGGAGCUCAAGCUUAACGUCCUUCCUUACGUUCUAAAUAUGUCUAUCAUAGCAAUAAUUUAUUUUCUUGGCUUAACACUCCUGUUUUAAUAAAAGCAAGUUUCAUUGUUACGGUGAAUUAUUUUCUUCAGACCAUUCUUACAGUGCCUCGGUGCUGAGCUUCUCUGUCUUAACCCCCUGCUCUCCUGCACUAACCCACCAGCUCGCCGUGCCCAGCAGGAGUGCCUUCCUCCAGGUGAGGUGGGGGCAGGGGAGUGGGCUGCGUGCUGAGGGCUGAGCUGUGCCCCCCAGCUCCUCUGUGCAGCUGCUGGCCCAGUUCUCAGUGGGCAGCAGCAACCUGAGGCUGCUGCUGGGCCGGCUGCAGGGGCUGUGAGCAGCCAAACUCAGACCACACGUUACCCUAAACUUGUUCCUCUGACUCUGGAAAUUCCUGUACUGUACGUAAAACACUCGUUUAUUUUCAAUAAGGUGAAUGUGUUGUUUUUAAAACAAAACUUUUUUGUAGACAGCAGCUAGAACACAGUUGACACCUUUGUAUAUGUGGGGAACGGUUGCACUGGGACGCAUUUAGAAGUUACUAUUUUAAAAUCAUUGCUAAGUUAAUGCAAGGUUUGGGGCUGUCAGGACAGCAAUAGCUCAUGUCACCAGAGGGAAAGAGUUUACCAAUGCAAAAAACAAACAAACAAACUUCCUGAAUGUCUCAGUUUCAGUUUCAAAGGUUUCUGCAUUGCUGGAAAAAAAAAAAAAAAAAAAACAAACCCACAAACAAAACCCUUGAUGUUUACCUGAUGCUGUUUCUUUCAGGGUUUGAUUUGUCUAAUAAAGGUUAUUUUCUUUAUAUGAA